AUGUCUGCAAACUGCACUCUAAAGCAAGAUUUGGAAGAAGUCAUUAUUAGUACCAGCGCUAUAAAACGAGCCCUCAUGAAACAUCGCAAGCUUUUGCGCUCAGAAGUCAAGGAAAUAUUUAGUCCUGCAGUUCCAAUAUUUUUUCAUUUGGACGGUAAUGUAAUGGAUGACUUUACUGGUCAAGAACGAGGUAAAGUCGAUAGACUUCCGAUUCUGGUUUCUGGCCAGGAUGUGGUAAAAUUGAAAGCUGUCCCGAAGCUCCAAGAUGGCACGGCCGCUUUAAUGGCACAAGCAAUCACACAAACUAUUGAUGACUGGGGCUUACGAGACAAGAUUAAGGGUCUCUGCUUUGAUACAACAUCUUCGAAUACUGGAAAAAAGGUGGCACUUAAUAUACGUAUCAUCGGAUGUGUAGGUAAUAAUACGAAAAACAUUCGACUACUUGGAUUGCUUCCAAUCACUGGAAAAGGCUGGGUCGGAGGUGCUGCGGUGAAACUUCCGGUCAAACUCGCGUUGGAGGACAUCCGCGCAAACGGCUCCAUACUUCCCGGAUAUAAUAUAACAUAUGACUUCAUCGACUCACAAUGUAGCCCGGGUAUUGCGGUGUAUCGGAUGUUCGAGAAGUUCCAUACAGAGCCACCCUAUCACAUGGUACUGGGAGAUGGAUGCUCCACAGGCUCGGAGGCUACCUCUCAAGUCUCCUAUCUUUGGAACCUCACACAGCUCUCAUUCGGCUCCUCAUCCCCUAUCCUGUCUGAUCGGACACGUUUUCCAAAGUUCUAUAGGCUGGCAGUACCUGACCAAAAACUUAAUGACCUUCGCAUUCAUAUGAUGAAGAAUUUAUUUAACUGGAACAUCGCGGCAACGAUUCAUCAGGCAGAGGAGUUCUUUUCUGUGGCGUAUAAGGAGGGACUUUUUGGACCAAAGAUAGUCUGGGUGUUUGUCGGCUGGUUUUCUACAAACUUCUGGUUGGUUAGUGACCCCCUUAUUGACUGCACACCGGAACAAAUGGCACUGGCGGCAGAGGGUGCAUUUCUCAGUUCCGCUACUUACUAUAAUCCUGUAGAUGAAACUGGGGUCGGUGGAAUGACAGGGCAUCCUAAGACAAUUGGUGACUUCACUUACAAGGAUUCGGACAUAGGCGAGAUCGUAUUUCAAUGCAUGGGAAACCAGAGUAUCAUCGGAAUGUCCGGAAGAAUAUCAUUUGCCAAAGGUGGUGCGGACCCAGAUAAAAGCAUUUUGCUGCAGCGCAUACAAGACAACAAGAUCCCUAGAGAUUCAACGUUCGUAAUCCACAAGGAGAUUGUCAUUCCACCCACCCUGUACAUCACGAUAUGCGUGUUUGCUGGCCUUGGAAUCAUCCUUUCCUUCCUGUUCCUGUCUUUUAAUAUCUACUACCGGAACAACAGAAACGUGAAGCUUUCUUCGCCAAACAUCAACAACGUGCUUUUAUUUGGGUGCGUUUUGUGUUAUGUGACAGUUUUCAUUCGCCCAACAGAAAAUGUUACCAGCGCAACGUGCAAGACCAUCAAGGACAUUCAACUCUUUGCCAUCAUUGCUAUCAUCGUGAUGUUGCUGACAGCGAUUCUAAUCGUGUGGCAGCUUGUGAGUCCAUUUCAGGUUGAGGCGCAUGAACUGGACUUUGAGAAAGACAUGGUCGGAAAUGACGUGGAAGUGCGAUUCUUCGUGCAAACAUGUGUUUCAAAACAAUCAACGUACUUUGUGUGGACCAUUUACAUCAUAGAAGGGAUGAUGCUGUCGUUUGGUGCUUUUCUUGCAUGGGAAACACGUCAUGUAAAGAUUGAAGCUCUGAACGACUCCCACCAUAUCGGCCUUUGUCUCUACAACGUUGUCAUUCUUAGUGCCGUCGGACUCACUCUUUCUUUGGUCCUUGAAAACCAGAUGGUUCUGCUCUAUGGAAUAACAUCCGGGUUUCUGAUUUUCGGCACGACGCUUACUCAGCUCUUUGUACUCUAUCGUUUUGAAGCAAAGUCGGUUGUCAUGACGGCAAGGCAUUCAGGGAGUUCCUACGACCUCGGGCCUACAUCUGAAAUAUCUCUGGAUGAUGAUUCAAAAAUCGAGAACGAUAUCAUCGACAAGGAGAAGCGAUGA